AUGGGCCCCUGUACCGCCUCCUCAUGCUGCUGCCAGGCCCGUAAUCUGCCAUGGGCCCCCGUACCGACUCCUCAUGCUGCUGCCAGGCCCGUAAUCUGUCAUGGGCCCCCGUACCGCCUCCUCAUGCUGCUGCAAGGUCCAGAGUGUGUCAUGGGUCCCUGUACGGCCUCCCAUUGCUGCUGUCUCCAUCGCCACACUCUGCCAUGUGCCACUUUCAGGUCUCCUCACACUGCUGGUGGGUUCCAUUUUUUCAUAGGGUGCUGUAUGGCCUCCCAUUGCUGCUGCCUCCACCGCCACACUGUGGCUCCACACUCUGGUUUUGGCCCCGUGACUGCCCAAAUGAGUGAAGUGUGCGGUGAUUCUAAGAUCGACGGCACUCAUCUGCAUGUCAUACUGACUGACAGUAUUAUUUCUCUUCCCCAGCAGACUCCAAGGGCAUUUAAAUUAAAGGUACAGUGUUCUGCACUAAUAUAA